AUGGAAACCCGACUGUGGCGUUUUCUAGUGUUUAUAUCACUUAUAUUGCCGUCAAUAUCUCAAAGAGUUUUAGGAAGGGAACAGAAUAUUGAACCAAGAACAAAUGGACUGACUAGUCAACAACGACAAGGAGCCAUUCAAGGUCUUAUGACAAUUUUGAGAUCCUUACCAAGACCUGUUGUUCAAAGGAUGUUUAACGAAUUACAGACAGAUGAAUCUACAUCGACAUCUCGAAUGAACAUUCAAGAUAACGACGCGCGUGCCCGAGACGGAAGACGGGUUAGUCGAACAAACAAUAAUAGCCAACUUCCAACUCGCAGAAGAUUUGGCAAUUUAGGACAGGCUCGUAAUGAAACGCGAAUAUCAGAAAACAGAUUAAAUCGUCAGCGGAAUAGGUCCUCUAUUCGAUCUCGAAACAAUGAACGUACAGCGGAGCAGACUUUUGGAUCUCGAGGUGUUGCCAUUUCACGAGUAAGAUCUGAAGAAAGAGCUCGAGUUCGUGAACAAUCUCGCCAGCUUAUGAGGUCGAGAGCUUCUGGAGUUGCUCGAGGUCUUGGUAGAGAUCGUGAGAGCAAUGUAACUCGAGAGCAAGACAGAACUGGAAAUGGUCGUGGAACUCGAAACAGAAAUCGAGAUAAUGUGACACCUCCAGAGGGGGAAAGAACUGGAAACAUCGAAAGAACUCGGGGGCGGGGAAGAGCUCGGGGAGUUGGAAUAUCUCGAGGGCGGGAUAUGACUAGAAAUAUUCGGAGAACUCGGGGGCAGAGUAGAACAAGUGUUAUUGACAGAACUCGAGACUUGGGCAGGACUUCAAAUUUGAGGCAAUCUCCAGAUACUUUACGGAACAGUGAAAUACCCGAAAUUACAACAAGAAGUUCUACCUUUAACAGAAGUUCCCGUGCAUUUAAUGGUUUGCGUUUAAGAAGACAACGCAUGGAAACGUCUCAACGAAUUCCAUCGGAAUCUCAGCGGAUUCAGUGCGACGUGAUGGUGAGUACACAAUAA